UCUGAGCUGACGCUGUUUGCUUAUUGGUGAAGAGUGUGCCGUAUCGGUUAGUCUGCCUCCCCCGGUGCUGAUGCCUUUCCUCUGGUCAAGGUUGCACUUGCAGUGAUCGCAGUCGGACGCGACUGGAGCUCCGUUUACGCGCAGAGCAGCAGAGCAGCAGACUGAUCAGCCGAGGCUCUGCUCUAACUUCUGUUUGUGUUUACACGCCACAGAGGAAUCUCUCACCUCACAGCGGCAGCAGCCAUGGAUGAGAUGGAGGAAGAGUUAAAAUGCCCUGUUUGCGGCUCUUUUUUCCGGGAGCCCAUCAUACUGCCGUGCUCCCACAACAUUUGCUUGGCUUGUGCUCGGAAUAUUCUUGUACAAACCCCCGAUGCUGAGUCUCCUCAGAGCAGCCGAGCCUCCGGAUCCGGCGUCUCCGAUUAUGAUUACCUGGAUUUGGAUAAAAUGAGUCUGUACAGCGAGGCGGACAGUGGAUACGGUUCCUAUGGGGGCUUCGUCAGCGCUCCGACCACCCCUUGCCAAAAAUCACCAAACGGGGUGCGGGUUUUCCCCCCGACUGUCCAACCUCCUCCGCAACAGCACCUGCUACCGCAGCCCGGCUCUUUACCCCCGAUCCCCCGCAACUCCUGCAUCACCUGCCCGCAGUGUCACCGCAGCCUCAUCCUGGACGACCGGGGUCUCCGCGGAUUCCCCAAGAACCGGGUGCUCGAAGGGGUCGUGGACAGGUAUCAGCAGAGCAAAGCGGCCGCUCUCAAGUGCCAGCUCUGCGAGAAGAGCCCGAAGGAGGCCACCGUAAUGUGCGAGCAGUGCGACGUCUUCUACUGCGACCCGUGCCGCCUGCGGUGCCAUCCUCCCCGCGGUCCUCUCGCCAAGCAUCGCCUGGUGCCCCCAGCGCAGGGGCGGAUAAGUCGCCGCGCGAGUCCCCGCAAAAUCUCCACUUGCACAGAGCACGAACUGGAGAAUCUAAGCAUGUACUGUGUACAGUGUAAGAUGCCUGUGUGUUAUCAGUGUUUGGAAGAAGGAAAACACGGCACACAUGAAGUCAAAGCUUUAGGCGCAAUGUGGAAACUGCACAAGGGUCAGCUGUCCCAGGCUCUCAACGGCCUAUCAGACCGGGCCACUGAGGCCAAGGAGUUCCUGGUCCAGCUGAGGAACAUGGUGCAGCACAUCCAGGAGAAUGGAGUGGAGUUCGAGGCGUGUUUGGUGGCUCAGUGCGACGCCCUCAUCGACGCCCUGAACCGACGCAAGGCCCAGCUGCUGGCUCGAGUAAACAAGGAGCACGAACACAAGCUGAAGGUGGUUCGGGAUCAGAUCUCCCACUGUACGGUGAAGCUGCGUCAGACCACAGGGCUGAUGGAGUACUGUUUGGAGGUCAUCAAGGAGAACGACCCCAGUGGCUUCCUCCAGAUCUCUGACGCUUUGAUCCGGAGGGUCCACAUGACAGAGAGCCAGUGGGGGAAAGGAACCCUCACCCCGAGGAUGACCAGCGACUUUGACCUCACUCUGGACAGCGGGCCCCUCCUGCAGACGAUCCACCAGCUGGACUUCGUCCAGAUGAAAGUCCCAGCUGCUCCAAUGCUCCAGCUGGAGGAAUGUUGCACUCAGAACAACAGCGCCACGUUGUCAUGGAAACAGCCACCGCUCUCCACCAUCACUGUGGACGGAUACAUCCUGGAGCUGGACGAUGGAAACGGGGGGCCGUUCAGGGAAGUAUACGUGGGGACGGAGACCAUCUGCACGGUGGACGGGCUUCAUUUCAACAGCACUUACAAGUCCAGAGUGAAGGCCUUCAACGCCAGCGGAGUGGGCCAGUACAGCAAGACUCUGAUCAUGCAGACAUCUGAAACUGGACUCCCUCCAUGUGAUAUUCAGUCUAUAGGCACAGUCGCUUGGUUCACCUUCGACCCGGCCUCCGCCCACCCCGACAUCAUCUUCUCCAACGACAACCUGACGGUGACGUGCAACAGCUACGACGACAGAGUGGUCAUGGGCAACACCGCUUUCUCCCGCGGCGUGCACUACUGGGAGAUGACCGUCGAUCGUUACGACAACCACCCCGACCCGGCCUUCGGGAUCGCUCGUGGCGACGUCUUGAAGGACGUGAUGCUGGGGAAGGACGACAAGGCCUGGGCCAUGUACGUGGACAACAACCGCUCCUGGUUCAUGCACAACAACUCACACACCAACAGGACGGACGGCGGCAUCAGUAAAGGAUCUACAAUAGGAGUGCUGCUUGACUUCACACGCAGGAUCGUUAUCUUCCUCAUCAAUGAUGAGCAGCAGGGUCCGGUGGCAUUCGAAGGGCUAGAGGGCGUCUAUUACCCCGCUAUCAGCCUCAACCGAAAUGUCCAGGUCACUCUACACACUGGUCUACCCAUCCCUGAUUUCUACACCCCUGGGGAGGCAGAUCCGACUGGCUCUGUGUGCUAAAGACUCACCACCAACCAGUUAAGGGAACACCUCUCCAGGAUUUCCCAGGGUUCAUUCUGCCAGUCAAUAACUAUGUUCCCAACCUCCUCCUCCUCUCGUCCCCCUGACCGACUGACCCCGUGACGCUCUGUUUCAGGGCCCAUCCAGCGCUGAGCCAUGCCUUUAUCAUGCCUAAACCUUGGACACAUGAACCAUCUGCACAACACUGUCAGACCGGACGGUGCUUUGCCGUCUGUACCGUGUAGUUUGACGUGAUGCAGAUUGUCAAAGAAGGUUAAAAUGAUCUCAAACUGAUGGAUCUGGAAUGUUUUAAAUUUAUGUACAGCGAUAAUGAUAUGUGUUUAAAGGAGAAGUUUGACAAGAGUUAGAGGAGACACUUGAUACCACUCUCAUGUCUGUCUGGGGAAUAUGUUGCAACAGCAAACAGCUGGUUAGCUUAGCUUAGCACAAAGACUGGAAACAGAGGGAAACUGCUAGCCUGGCUUUGUCCAAAGUUCAGCCACUACAUGUCAGGUGCUGGUAGGCGGAUUUUGUCACCUUUGGACGAGACAGACAGAGCUAGUUGUUUCCUGUGUUGAUGCUAAGCUAAGUUAGCCAGCUGUAGCUUCACAUAUAAUUUUUAUUUGCAUGAGAGUGGUUUCAAUCUAAACAAAUGUUUUCCGAAUUGUCAACAAUCCCUUUAAAGGAAGGAGGUUGUUUUGUAAAUGAGUUGACUUAGAAAAAUGGAGCCCCCGUCAUCCCAUCAACUUACAGUUCAGUAUUUCUUAUCCUUCACCCUUAUCUUUCCUCUUUCUGCAAAAGCACACACAUAGUAUCUUGUAUAUCUUUUCCUGCCAUCAGUCAUGAAGAUCUCCACACAUUUAAAAUACCAGGGGGAGUACAAGAGGUCGUCUGUUCUGUGCGUUUGCGUGAGUGUAUGAGAGUGUUAGGGUGGGUGGGUUGAGACUAGUCAGCAGCUGCAAUGAUACCUGGACGAGAGCAAUAGCCCGACUCUCAGCCGCGUCACUGUCGUAUCCUCGUCCGUGUAAAUGAGACGCUUUUCUUAGUGGCUUCGCUCAUGUGAACCUUCUGUAUCGUCUGUAAAAUUUAAAAAAAAAAAAAAAAAAAAAAACACAGCAUCAGCUUGUAAAAUGAUACUGGAAGCGAGGCCUUCUCUGCCAGUGCAGCUCUCAGAACAAAACAGAAGGGAUUUUUGGUUUAAUGUAUCAUAAAA